AUGUCAGACAAGCUUCUUCAAGAAUUUCUAGUCCGCCUAACUCGUACAAGAACUGCAGUUUCCGACACCAAAAAGCAAUGCGAUUUUUUAAAAAAAGAAGCCAAAAGGCUUGAGCAAGAGCUAGAAUCCUUAGAAAAAAACAAAUCCGAGCUACUACAAAUAGAAGAAAACCUAAAAGUUCACUAUAUUUCUACCAAAGUCCAGAAUGAAGAAGAAUUCGAAAAAAACAGUUACGAGCAUGAAGAGCUGCUUAAGCUGAGGAAAAUCAAAAGAUUAAAACAAAGGGAAAAAGAAAAAGUCCUUAAAGAUGUAUAGGUAUAUCCCGUAAAUAGUCCUAUAUGGCCUCUAUCCCUAGCCCAUAUCAGGCUAUUUACAGGAUAUGCCUAUAGAAAGGCUUACUAAUGAACUUAAUCAAUUAGUUAGACAAAGAGAGCAGCUUGAAGGGGUCGCGAAGAGCUUGAAUAGUAAACUAGACCAAGCUUCUGCAGAAAGAAUUGCUGCUGAACAAGAGGCGAAGAGAAAUGCUGAAAUAUUAAGAUCGUUGACUGCUGAAUUGGCAGUUUUGAAUGCGGAAAAAGAUAGCUUAAAUAAGGCUGUAGCUAAUACGUUUGAAGAAGAGCUGAGAUCUGCAAAGCGACAUAGAUAG